GAAAGGUAAUGAAAUGAAUUGCCACGUGCGAGAGCCCAUCGAAGCGCAUGACUGGGAACAGCACGAGUCCCGCUGCUUGGCUAUUUUGGAACACCACGUGUUACAAAAUAAAAAAUAAAAAAUAAAAGAAAGAAGAGAAAGAGAAGAGACCGAGUUUGUUAGUGAACGAGUGGGGAUGAGUGAUUUUAGUACAGAGAGAAUUGUAAGGAGAAACUCUCACUCACACACCAGAGAGAAUAAUGAAUCAUCAUCCGUCCUCUCUUCCUCCUUUCCUUAUUAUAUAUACACGUACUUUGACACUUUUUUUCUUGAACUAACUAACUUACUUCUUUCUCUCUCUCUCUUUAUUUCUUUGAAUCGAAACUAGUAAUCAUAAUAACAGUUAGAGAUCCAACAUGGGAAGUCUCGAAAACAUCAAGAACGAGACAGUUGAUCUCGAGCGGAUACCUGUUGAUGAAGUGUUCCGAGAACUGAACUGUUCGAAGGAAGGUCUCUCAAAUGAGGAAGGCCAAAAGAGGUUGCAAGUUUUUGGACCCAACAAGUUGGAAGAAAAGAAGGAAAGCAAGUUGCUGAAAUUCUUGGGUUUUAUGUGGAACCCUCUCUCAUGGGUGAUGGAAGCCGCCGCCAUCAUGGCAAUUGUAUUGGCAAACGGAGGGGGUGAGCCACCGGACUGGCAGGACUUUGUGGGAAUCAUGGUGUUGCUAGUAGUGAACUCAACGAUCAGUUUUAUAGAAGAAAACAACGCGGGGAAUGCUGCUGCAGCGUUGAUGGCAGGGCUUGCUCCGAAAACGAAGGUUUUGAGAGAUGGAAGGUGGUCAGAGGAGGAGGCUUCAAUACUGGUACCGGGAGACAUAAUCAGCAUCAAAUUAGGAGACAUAAUCCCAGCUGAUGCUCGUCUCUUGGAAGGAGAUCCCCUCAAGAUCGAUCAAUCCGCACUCACCGGCGAGUCCUUGCCUACAACCAAGCACCCUGGCGAUGAAAUCUUCUCCGGCUCCACCGUCAAGCAAGGAGAGAUUGAGGCCGUCGUCAUCGCCACUGGGGUCCACACCUUCUUCGGCAAGGCUGCUCAUUUGGUCGACAGCUGCAACCAAGUUGGCCAUUUCCAGAAGGUCUUGACAGCCAUUGGUAACUUCUGCAUUUGCUCCAUUGCUGUUGGCAUGAUCAUUGAGAUUGUUGUCAUGUAUCCAAUUCAGCACCGCAAGUAUAGGAGUGGAAUUAACAAUCUCCUGGUUCUCCUCAUCGGAGGGAUUCCCAUUGCCAUGCCAACAGUGUUGUCGGUCACAAUGGCCAUCGGUUCCCACAGGCUGUCGGAGCAAGGUGCUAUCACCAAGAGGAUGACGGCCAUUGAGGAGAUGGCUGGAAUGGAUGUUUUGUGCAGUGACAAGACUGGCACUCUCACACUCAACAAGCUUACGGUAGACAAGAAUUUGAUUGAGGUUUUCGCAAGAGAUGCCGACAAGGAUACAGUGAUGUUGCUUGGAGCUAGGGCCUCCAGGGUCGAGAACCAAGAUGCCAUUGAUGCUUGCAUUGUUGGGAUGUUGGGCGAUCCAAAGGAGGCCAGAGAUGGGAUCAAAGAGGUGCAUUUCCUACCCUUUAAUCCAGUGGACAAGCGCACCGCCAUAACAUACAUAGACACUGAGGGUAACUGGCACCGAGUAAGCAAAGGUGCACCUGAGCAGAUUAUCGAGCUUUGCAAGCUUCGGGAAGAUGUCAAGAAGAAGGCUCUUUCCAUCAUUGAUAAGUUUGCUGAUCGCGGUCUUCGUUCCCUUGCUGUUGCCAAACAAGAAGUGCCAGAAAAAAGUAAGGAGAGUGCAGGAGGACCGUGGACGUUUGUUGGUUUGCUGCCACUUUUUGACCCACCAAGGCAUGACAGUGCUGAGACCAUAAGGCGUGCUCUCAAUCUGGGAGUGAACGUUAAGAUGAUCACUGGUGAUCAACUUGCUAUUGGUAAAGAAACUGGUCGCAGGCUUGGCAUGGGAAGCAACAUGUACCCUUCUUCCUCUCUCCUUGGUGAGCACAAGGAUGAGUCCAUUGCUGGCCUUCCAGUCGAUGAGCUUAUUGAGAAGGCUGAUGGCUUUGCCGGUGUCUUCCCUGAGCACAAGUAUGAGAUUGUGAAGAGACUUCAAGAUAGGAAGCACAUAUGUGGGAUGACAGGAGACGGUGUGAACGAUGCUCCUGCGCUGAAAAGGGCUGACAUUGGAAUUGCUGUGGCGGAUGCAACCGAUGCAGCUCGAGGUGCUUCUGACAUUGUCCUGACGGAGCCUGGCUUGAGUGUGAUUGUGAGUGCAGUGUUGACAAGCAGAGCCAUCUUCCAGAGAAUGAAGAACUAUACCAUAUAUGCUGUCUCUAUAACAAUCCGAAUAGUGUUGGGCUUUAUGCUGCUUGCUCUCAUCUGGAAGUUUGACUUCUCACCUUUUAUGGUUUUGAUCAUUGCCAUACUCAAUGAUGGCACCAUCAUGACCAUUUCCAAGGAUAGGGUCAAGCCAUCUCCUGUGCCAGAUUCAUGGAAGCUCAGAGAGAUUUUUGUUACUGGAAUUGUGCUUGGUACCUACCUCGCUGUCAUGACUGUUGUCUUCUUCUGGGCUGCUCAUGCAUCUGAUUUUUUCUCGGAUAAAUUUGGCGUGAGAUCCAUCAGGGAGAACUACAGUGAGCUCACAGCAGCUGUUUACCUUCAAGUGAGUAUUGUAAGUCAGGCUCUUAUCUUUGUUACUCGGUCAAGGAGCUGGUCUUAUGUUGAACGUCCUGGCAUGUUUCUUCUUGUUGCCUUUUUCAUAGCACAACUGAUUGCCACGGUGAUAGCUGUGUAUGCAAACUGGGAAUUUGCAAAGAUGAAAGGGAUUGGAUGGGGUUGGGCUGGUGUCAUUUGGCUCUACAGCAUUAUUUUCUACAUACCCAUGGAUAUACUCAAGUUCAUCAUCCGAUAUGCAUUGACUGGGAAGGCAUGGAAUAAUAUAACUGAGAAUAGGGUUGCUUUCACCACAAAGAAGGAUUAUGGAAAGGGAGAGAGAGAAGCACAAUGGGCUGCAGCACAACGCACAUUGCAUGGCCUGAAUCCACCUGAAACGGAGGAAAUGUUGAAUGAAAAGAACAACUACAGGGAAUUGUCCGAACUUGCAGAACAAGCCAAGAAGCGUGCUGAAGUUGCAAGGCUAAGGGAGCUUCACACACUUAAAGGCCAUGUUGAGUCUGUCGUCAAACUCAAGGGACUUGACAUUGAGACAAUGCAGCAACACUACACCGUUUGAGUGCUUGCUGCUACUGGAACAUAGGUUUAGAAGACAAAAUAAAAGGAGAGAAAUAGACAUUUUUAUUACAUUGCCCUUCAUGACGUCUCAAAUCUCAUUUGGAUUUUGAAGAAUGCCAGGGGCUCUAGAAUAAUAUCCAACACUUCGAGAUUGUGCAACACAGUCCAUGGUUGGGGAGGUUUUUUUUUUUUUCUUUUUGCCGAUGUUAUCAUCAAUUUGUCUUAUCUUUUUGUUCUAGAAUAAUCAAUCAAUGAAGAUUUCCUUUCUUCA